AUGGCGUCCAGUCUACCGUGGAUUGGCCAGGCCCUCUUCGGGGCAGAUGAGGUGUUCUGUCGCCGUGGCAUCUGUACUGAAGAGGGUUUUGGUGACUCUGGCUGCAACAGUUUUCGGAACUUACUGUCCAACUGUGGCCACGUCCAAACAGCCGGGUUCCCCCAUACUCCGUACAGGAACGACAUCGUGUGUGAGUGGCACCUACAUGUUCAGCCCAGACAUCACAUCGUGCUGAUGUUCGAACACUUCGAGUUGGAGGAAUCGGGUAUAAGUUGCGAGUAUGACAAGCUGGUCGUCUAUGAUGGCGUAAAUGAAAAGGCCGAGAUGCUUGGAACCUUCUGCGGUACACAUGCGUUCUUGAGGAUCGUUUCGAGCCGCAAUCAUCUCUUCAUGAGGUUCACAUCAGACACGUCUUUAACAAUGGCAGGCUUCUACGCGUCAUACACUUCAGAAGUGAUAAGAUAUGCCGACCGUCAGACGUUUGGAGCCGUUGUUGACCGGGGUCCGGGGACAUUCCCCUGCCCGGGCUCCACUAACAUCACCGGGGAGGAGCUGUCAGCUGCUGCCUACACUGUUGGGUGUGAGCUGAGGGAGCGGAUCGUGCUGGUGUGGGAGCCGUGGGGCAACAUCAGUCAGAGCCUGAUGCAGAUAUACGAAAGUGACUUCGACACCUCAAAUCCAGUUGUGAUGGAAGACUUCAGCCGAGACAUCAAUCGAAAGUUCGUUUCCAAAGGCCAUCGACUACUUCUGUCACUCCAUCUUAGGCAGAAACAUGCUGGUUUGUUUAUCCAUUGCCGUAUAGAAGACAUUGCAGACAAAAUUUCGACUUGUCCAACAGCCGUAAGGCAAACUCCUGACAUCGGUAUAAUAGCGAUGGACAAUCAAAUAUCAGAUACGGACCUGCAUUGCAAAGUUGUUGUAAAGACAUCGACCAGCCUGAGGCUUUUGACCAGUUUGGACCUCGUCAGCAAUCCGAGUGCCUCAGCCCAGAGGGAGCCGCACGGCAGUCGCACCCGAGUGGACCUCUACAACCCGGAAACAAGACUGUUGUCUUUAAGUUCACACAUGACGUCACUUCCGUUCCCGACAGUCACCUCGCAAGAUGAACUGUUGAUUGUAUUUUGGUCCAAUGUUGUGAACAGUCAGUGGAUACCUGAAGUGCAGUACAGUCCAACAGGUAGGGCCUCAUUACUCAGAUAUGAGCUUCAUUACUCAGAUGAAGUGAAUUGA